GUUAAAAAAUAAAAAAUGAAUAGAAAAGGAAAUAUGGAAAUAAAAACUAUAUAUAAAUGGAAUUAAAUAUAAAUAAACCAAUAAAAGGACUUGGUUCUUAGAUUUCUUUUUUUCAUGCGAUCAGCAUGAAAUUCGUGAAGAAAAACAAUUCAAAUGAGGGGGCGGUCCUAAGUGUGUUUUGGGUUGGACUAUUCGCUUAUUGGUCAAUCACAUACUAGUGCAGAAAUCGACUAGUACUCCUGCCAAACAACCGGAAAGAGGAAGUCACAACACAGCUUUCAAUGGCGGUGAAUAUCACUACUAUCUCGAGGGACCUUCGUUUGUUGGCUGAAAGUGAUAAUGUUUCCACAGAUUACCUCCUGUACCGGGUGGAAGCAAUAUUGGAACAGUUAAUUUACGUCCAUGAUGCAACAGGUUCGGAAGCUGAUCCCGUAGUUUACAGGAAUUUGUGCGAAGUUGUCGAGCAACUUAACAUUCAAGUCGCAAGGUCUGGUGACAGUGGACAGGUUGGUCGCCCAUUGCUGGAGCUCUCCAUGCAAGCCGUGGAGACCUACUUGUCCUCGGGUCUGACAGUCCGCGAAAUUUCCCACCUUCUUGGUGUAAGUGAGAGUACACUCCACCGGCGAAUGGCGGAGCAGGGUAUCAGGUGAGUUAACUCGACAGUGGCAUAUUUUAUAAUUUCAUUAUCAGUGGUGGUUACAAAUACGGCAUGCCUCCCACCCACACACACACUUCUUACUACCAGUUUGUCUUUGCAGAGGUUAUGACUAACGUGAAGGCGAACUUUGCGCCUGUUCACCAUGAAACUUUGUGUUUAGGGUUUCCGACGUGAAUAAUUCUACCGACAACACAACGUUGGAUGCAGCUGUCACAGAGAUCCUUGGUCAUCAUCCCAAUACAGGAUACAAGAUGAUGCUUGGACAUCUCCGGGCACGAGGUAUAAAGGUUCAAAGACGGCGUGUGCAAGAAUCCAUGCAUCGCAUAGAUCCACAAGGAAUUAUAGUCCGCACACUUCAACUGCACACUGUCAGGCGUAGAAGAUAUUCUGUUCCAGGUCCCAGCAGUCUGUGGCAUAUCGAUGGCAACCAUAAACUCAUAAGAUGGAGAGUUGUGGUCCAUGGUGGAAUUGAUGGCUUUAGCUGUUUAAUUGUCUACCUUCAUGCUGCUACUAACAACUGUGCCUCAACCGUGCUCAACAACUUCAUGCAGGCUGUCCAAACAUACGGAGUACCAUCUCGUGUUAGGUCUGAUAAAGGGGGUGAAAAUGUUGAAGUAGCACGAUACAUGGUGUCACACAGAGGAGUGAACCGCAACUCCCACAUUACUGGGAGAAGUACACACAACCAAAGCAUAGAGAGGCUAUGGCGUGAUGUCUUUGGGGGAGUCUUAGACCUCUUCUACUCUUGCUUCUUCAAUAUGGAGAGUCAAGGCCUACUUAACCCAGAUGAUGAGAUCCACAUCUAUGCACUACACUGGAGCUUUCUGCCACAUAUUCAAAGUCACCUUGAGUUCUUUAAGAAUGGGUGGAAUCACCACUCGCUGCAAACAGAGCGAAAUCAGUCCCCUCUUCAGCUAUGGACUCGAAACGAGCGUGAGAGACAAGACUCCCAACAGGCAGACCUGGAAUAUGGAAUUGACUGGGAGGGUCCAUAUGGUCAUCACAAUGAAGGUGUCGCAGUACCUGAAGUGCAGCUGCCACAGGCCUUAACCCCUGAAGAGAUUCAGCAACUGCCAGAUCCCCAUGGGCCCUUUUCCAAUGUGCUGAAUGUCUACACCCAGACAGUUGACACCAUACUUCAAAUAACUGGUCAUCAUUGAAGUAGGAGUCUGAUGUGGUUAAGUUUUUUUACAACUAAUUUGUGUACUUAUCUCUCUCCCCUAUAUUAAAGGUUUAAUGGUUUUACAGGGGAUAGAUUCACUGUGGAUAUGGAAUAAUACUGAUAAGUAAUGCUGAAUAAAUAAUA